GUGUUUGUGCGUUUGUGUGCGUGAAGGCGCCACGUCGGCAGAACCAGCAGAGUGAAAAGAGAGCUACGCAGCCCUGCGUGUCCAAGAGUGUGUGAGGAGAAGUUAGAAAGCUGCACAUUGAUGCGACACAGGCCUGAAAACCUGAAGAAAAAGAAAAAGAAGAAGAAGAAGAGGCCUCAGAUAAAGAGACAGAGAUCUGCUGCGGGUCCCACGCACAAAGACAUCAGACAUCAGACAUCAAACUACAGCUGAGUUUGACUCGGAGGCUGAACAGAAGCCGCUCCAGUCUCAAGUUUCUCUGUCAGGUGUGUUUGUGGGAGAAGACCCGGGAACAAUGGUGAAGAAUGUGAACAGCGUCAACGUGGAGCCCCAACCUGGGACCAGCGUGGCCUCCGAUGAAGCUGAACCCACCAACAGCCAGUCUACAGAGGACUCUGGUAAAGACCAUGAGGUCGCCGCCCCUGGCAUGGCCUGGCGAGUGACCGGCGGCCUCUUCAACAUCACCAAGGGCGUCGUUGGCGCCGCAGUGGGCGGAGUGGCCUGGGUGGGCGGCAAGAGCCUGGAGAUCACCAAGUCGGCCGUGACCAGUGUGCCGUCGAUGGGGGUGGGGCUGGUGAAGGGCGGGGUGUCCGCCGUGGCCGGAGGCGUCUCCAGCGUGGGCUCGACGGUAGCCAAUAAAGUCCCCUUCACGUCUAAGAGGAAAGACAAGGCAGAGUGAAGAAGAGGAGGAGUACAGUGAUGAUGAUGAUGAUGAAAAAGAUGAUGAUGAUGAUGAAAAAGAUGAUUGAUGAUGGACUUGCCCCGCCCUGAGCCAACAGAGACCAGCUGAUCUCUCUCUGCCAAUCAGACACCACCGUGCCUUUUUUGGUCUCGAACAUAGUUCACACUCAUCAGCAUAGACUUUAAUAAAUAUACUACAUAAAUUAAAUAAAGAUUCAGUAGUACUACGAUACCAUGGCAACCCAGAAAUAGCACCAUUAAAACAGAGAGUGACCGAAAUGCUCCAAACAAUCCUUGACUGUCCUCCAGUGGAGUCUGUGGCUCCAGACAGACUCCAUGUACUCCAGCGCGUGGUGGACUUCAUGCUGAAUAAUUUUACUUGUUUACAGUCCAGACUGAGGCGGCUCCAGUCCUCUGUCUCCUCCUCACUCUCUCCAAUACAGAUAUUUAGUGCAAAGUUGUUGAGCUUAAGUGCUGGUUUUUAGUAUUCUUUUUCUAUUUUGCAAUGGUAUUGAAGAACUGUGUGUGUUGAGAAAUUUAAAAUGUUUCAGCGUUGGAAACGAGGGAUCAGCAGCAUUCCUCAGAGAAAAGUGUGGAGCCUUCUCGGUGUCUGACCUUCUUUUUUUUUUUUUUUUUUUUUUCUUUGGAAGAGCCCGGGGCGGUGUUUCCUCCCCUCCCACUGCAGCCAUGAAUCUGCAUGCACGAACACUUCUCUGAAAUGCAUGUCUGAAAACUGUAGACACAAUCACGAGUACCCCCAACCCUCUGGGCUCAGGUCUUCUCAACAACUACAUCAUUGUGAAAUAUUUUAGUUUUUUUUUUUUUUUCCAGUAUGUGUUAAAAUGCUGUACAAUGACUUUUGUAAGAUUUAGAAACAUUCAGCAGCAUUUGAAUCAUUGAUGAUGUAAUAAAGGUGGAACUGUACCUUUAAUGAGAGCGUUAAUGCUGUACUGUAGUGCGGGCUCGUAAAGAUUUAUAUGCAAUAUCAACAUUUCAAUGCCUGGAGAAGUUUGGAGAAAAAUGGGAGCUCUCGCUGAAGGGACUAAACUAUGUGAAUGUCAUGUCUGUGUUUUUUUCAAUAUCUCAAUAAAGUAGUUUGAAAAGUUAAAUAUAAA